GGGAGAUAUCAGCGAAGCGUGCCUCCAUUUCGAGCACUAUACGACGGUUGAGACGUGCAUUUUGGCUUCAAGGGAGAGCCAAGUACGCUGGCAGAGAGCGGGAUCCCUGAAAAGCUGUGCGCGUGCUGCGUCCCAAAUGAUGCCGCGCCUACGCGUGUCUCCAAAAACGCGAACCCACGUGACAGCAUCAAUGGUAAGCCUUCACAAGGUAUCGCGAUUCAGUUGUAGGAUCAAACAUAUUGAUUCCGCUGUUCAAAAGCGCGGCGGGAUGGAGACGGGACAGCGUCAAUUCAGGAUUUCUGGAACGCCAUGGUAGCCUAGGAUGGCUCACAACUACCACUUUGAUAUUGAACCUGUCGGGCGCUUUGCGACUCAAAAUGCGGCCAUCAGAAGACCCCGGGAAAUCACCUACUUCUCUUUUGAUGAAGACCAUGUCCUUCGGCACGAUGCGUCAAGCCUGCGCUACUACUAUCCGCCGGCGCUACCUUGCGACCUCAAUAAAGGAUUCGAGACGUUCCGGCAGCUAGACGACUCCGCGGACGACCAUUUAGAUGGCUUGUUGGAAGCGCUCAUAUUAUACGAGAAGGAGAAAGGGCAGAAAGUGGACACAGAUCUCAUAACAUGGCGCGGGAUGAUGACGAAGAUUAUGGUAUCUCCCUUCUCGCUUUUCGACGACUGGGAAAUGAAUGCCACCUUGUUCCAGGGAACUAUUUACAUCGAGGAAAACCAUGAGAAAAAGGUGAUGUCGCGGCAGAAUCAGUUCUCCCGCCCCGCACAUCCCGGUGCCAUGUCUCAAGAUCUUAUGAGUUUCUGGGGAUACAAAUUCGAGACGGUGUCAUUGCUGCCAGAACCAUGGUCGAGCGCGUCCAGAGAAUACAUCGAAUCCAGGGAAGAACAGAUUGUGAGCAAUUACGCUCAGUACUGCUCCAUUGUCCGCACGGGUUUUGGCAAGGUCAAAAUGAUCAUUGGCGGAGAGGUUGAUGCCGUCGUGGACUUCAAAUCAGAAGAUAAAUCCCAGCCCACGAACUGGGUGGAGCUCAAGACGACCGCCGCCGUGACCAACGAGCGCGAGCAGGUCAAGUUUGAGAGAAAGCUCCUGAAAUUCUGGGCCCAGUCAUUUCUACUUGGAGUGCCAAAGAUUGUCGUUGGCUACCGGACCAGCCAAGGGAUUCUGGAGCGCCUUGAAGAGCUCGAGACCCAGAGCAUACCUGAGAAAGUGCGUUUGAGGGGCAAGAACCUGUGGGAUGGCCAGACCUGCAUAAAUUUUGCUUCAAGUUUUCUGGAAUGGCUGAAGACCAUCAUCACAUCAGACGGCGUCUGGAGAAUUCGAAAGCGAGAAAAGUCGCCUCGAGUCGAAGUGUUCAAGGUUGAGCAGACUGGUCACGGAGACAUCCUCUCGCCGGCGUUUGUUGAGUGGCGGACAAAAGGUCUGCAGGAGCAACAGCAACAGCAGCAGCAACACCAGGAAAAUGCCACGGUCGACCCUAGUGCGAACGGCCAUGCGUCUGAUGCACGGGUGCCUGAUCCUCCCUGAUCAAUAGUGGAGUUCCCUUGCGAUGAUGCUCGCCUAAAUACUGGACGACCGGCUUGGGCGAAAUUCAGCACAAGCUUGCAUGAUUUCAACCUCCUGGACCUUCCGGUAAGGAUUUUUCAUGUCCAGCUUUGGAGCCUGCCAAGUCUCGCUUGCGGUGUGCAGCGACUGUCUUCUUGUGCCCUCUACUCGCAAGAUGACCACUCCAUUCCGCAUCUGUCAUGAGGACCUUGUCGCAGACUUCGCACCUUCGCGCAGUGCGCUUGGCCUGGCUCUCACCCUCCCCGGGCACUGGGAGCAUCCUCUCCGCAAAAUUGGAAAUACUUCUUGGGUCAGGGAGCGCUCUGCCACUUAGGAAAGAAGCCACCAGUUUGCUCGCUGUUUCCUCCACGGCGGAGUCCCAAUGUGUCAGGUCAGAACAGUCGAGUAAAAAAAGCUUAUCCAACAUGCUCGCUUUGACUAAAUCGUUGGCCAACCGGAUACGAAUAUAACGGUUCUGGCGCUUCGCAUAGCGCCUCGUGCCAGCUUUAACCGACUCGAUAGCAUCUUGCAGGCCGCGCGAGCUGCUAGCAUGACUGGAGUCCGAGUCCAGCGAUUGUUGACUUUGUAUCCACGGCUCCAUCUCCUUAUAUCCGAUCGAUACCCAUAUCCCUUUUGUCUUAUCAACCGGUAUCCCUCUGCUUCUCAGGUCUGCUUCGAGUCGUGUCAUUGAAGCCGCUUCGUCUGCCAGGCCAUUGGCGACCAUGACGUCCACACGCGCAUUCAGUCGUUCCUUCAAGGCUCGAUCUUCGGCUUCCAGCCACAAUAACAACGUAGGAUAGCGCAGCCUCUGCUCCUCUACCUGGGCGCUGUUGGCGGGUUGGGUGGCACCAUCGAUAUCGUCUCCCUCUCCGCCUUUUCCGUGUCCGUUAGUCGUUCUACGCUGCUGUUCAGCAUAGACAUCAGAAGCUUUCCGUCCUGUCUGGAGCCAAAUCUGAAGAGACCGCUGAAUCUUCCGUCUAUCAUUUGGAUGCCAUCUUGCCGCCAUAUCUGGAUCGAUCUCCUGUAGCUUCGCAAAGAGUUCUUCAGUUGGUCUCGACAACAUGGGGUGGUCCUCCUGUGCCGGCUCUGAAAUUCCUCCAUCUGGACCAUUGUUAUCGCCAGUCUCCUCGGUAAGGGUGGCUUCCUUGAACAAUAGUGCAUGAGUGUAAUAGUGUGUCCCGCCAACCACGAUGGGUAACUUGCCCCUGGACCUGAUUUCGUCAAUGAGGCGAGACGACUCUUUGACAAACCGGUUGACCGUCCAAGGAUUCUCAUCCAACCCGAUGAAGUCAAGGAGAUGAUGCGGAAUGCCGUUGCGCUCGUCAUCGGGCAUCUUGUUGGUGAUGAUGGGAAGCCCUUUAUACAUCUGCAUAGCAUCUCCAUUGAUAAUUUCCCCAUUGAACCGUGUAGCAAGCUGAACAGCCAGCUGUAUUAUAAAUCGAAUUAGUGUCAAGUUCGUACUAAAUUCUGAACUUACUGAU